AUGGAGACUGGUACCACCGUCCUCCAAAACUCUGCACCAUCGCCCUCGAGCUCGCAGCACGCCCCCCCUUCGCAGACCAACCCUCCGAGCUGUAACCCUUCGAUCGGUUCUCAGUACUUGCCUGACAAUGAUUCCGGUUGGGUGAGGAAACGCUUUCGUCGCACCAAGGAGCAAAUGCGUGUUUUUCGGCUCGAACAGCUCAAGCAGCAAGAGGAAGCCUUAAAACACAAGUCGCCCACGCCCAAGAUUCCAUCUGUCCCGAGCGAUACCAAUCCAUGCUUCACGCCCUCCGAUUACGAAAUGGUUUGUACUUACCUCGAAACUGGUGACAAUUAUGAUUCACUGUUCGGGGAAGGCGGCAAACUCCAGUCAGGACGACCAAUGCCCAAGGCAGCCGCAUUCGACCUCUUUGCAUCCUUUAUGAAUCAGAGCAACCGCAGAUUACGCCUCACCGGUCGGCAGUUACAGCAGCGUUUAGCCACUUACAUGAGGCACAAGUACAACAAGGCAAGGGAAUUCCAGAAUUCCGCCCCUUGGAGCCCGCACUCAUCACCAGACUUGAUCGAAAAAAUCAAUGAAAUAUGCCCCUGCUUUCAGCGACUAGAAAGAAUCCUUGCAUCAGCCAACAAAACUUCACUUCGGAACGAACCCUGUGCGGUCUACAGCACCUCCGAGCCCCCGUCUACCCAUCUGCAAAACCCAAGAGACUCGCAAGCAGCCUCCGAACGCCACUAUUUUCACCCAAUUGCUCAAAAUGGACAGGAGCAUACCUCGCCUACUGCCCGAGCUACUGAUUACCAAAGUUAUCAUGGAACUACCCAUUACAUUGAUCUUGACGCUCAGCUCUCCCAGAGGCAACCAGUUGCCACCGACCAAAUUGCACAUCACCCCAAUGAUCCGGAUUCUCAUUAUAUCAACCCUAUCGCUCAGUCCUCUCGGCAACCACGAACCGCCAACACGAACAGCGAGUCCACCGACGAAAGUGAUCAUGUGGAGAGAAAUGAACCGGUAGACAAGCGAGCCACUUCUAAACCUCGUCCGCGGCGAACAUUCACAGUAAAUACUGGGAGAUGCCGAACCCGGCCGAAGAUCACCCUAGCGGCUGCAUUCGAUCGUAAUACGAAAGCAAGAUUUCGUCACUUAGACAAACGUCUGGUAUGGGAAAAGAAGAAAUUUGCUCAGGAACUUGAGCUUAAAAAGAUUGAACUUGAGCUAAGAGGAAAUCAAAUCAGGCAUCGCAGUCGCUUGGCCGAGAGGUGGUUGGAAGAAGGUAAAACUGGAUCCGAAAUACAAACCCUGCUCAGUUCAAUUUACGCAACUUAUGAAGAACCAAUAUCGACUGUGUGA